CAACUCCAAUUGCUGUUCUUUUCUUGCAUGACUCAACCAAGACCCAUUCAAAUCUUUUCGAACCAAUUCAGACCAAACCCACUUUCUCUCUCUCUAAAAUCUCUGUCUUUCUUUACAAGAAUUCAGUUUCUCUAUGCUAUAAUUUUUCAACAAUGGCUUCCCUCUUCAUCUUCUUCCUUCUCUCACUCUUCUCUCUUUUACCCUUCUCCUUUUCCGAGCCCAAAGGUGUUUCGAUUGAUUGUGGCGCAGUAGCUGACUCUGUAGUCGAAGGCCGGCGAUGGUUUACCGACGAAAGUUAUGUUACCGGCGGAACCUCAAAGAAUGUGACCGUCCCGGUCACGGUUCCUAUCCUCUCGACCGUCCGAUCGUUCCCUCUCGAGAACAAUCUCAACAACAAGUUUUGCUACACAAUUCGGGUUUACCGCGGAGCCAGGUAUAUGGUACGGUCGACGUACUUCUAUGGAGGGAUCAACGGUCGGGAUACGCCGCCGGUGUUUGAUCAGAUUUUAGAUGGAACUCUCUGGACUGUUGUCAAUACGACGACGGAUUAUGCUAAUGGAGUGUCGACGUAUUACGAAGGAGUUUUCCUUGCUCAGACGAAUGUUAUGACUUUCUGUAUUGGGGUUAAUACUUAUACGGAUUCGGACCCUUUUAUAUCGUCUUUAGAGUUUAUUAUAUUGGGCGAUUCUUUGUAUAAUUCCACGGAUUUCCAGAAUUAUGGUCUUCAUUUAGCUGCAAGAAAUAGUUUUGGGUACAACGGACCUUCCAUUCGAUACCCUGACGAUGAAUUUGAUCGGAUUUGGGUGCCAUUUGGAGAAAACAAUCAUACCUUGGCAACUAAAAACGUAUCUGUUUCUGGUUUCUGGAAUCUCCCACCUUUGAAAGUUUUCCAAACAGAGCUGACGACAAGUGACCAAACACAACCCUUGGAGUUCAACUGGCCUCUAAUGUCUCUUCCAGACGCAAAGUACUAUAUUGCUUUGUACUUUGCUGAUGGUAGUGACUCAGCAGAGAACUUGAGGGUGAUAAACGUAACCAUAAAUGGGGUUCCCUAUUACCGCGAUCUAAAAGUGACUCAAGCAGGUGUUGCUGUCUUUGCAACUCGGUGGCCUCUACAUGGUACUACAAAGAUUAGUUUGACCUCUUCUGCCGGAUCAAAUUUAGGUCCUUUUAUUAAUGCUGGGGAGGUUUUGGCGCUGCUCCCUAUUGAAGGAAGAACUGUCACCCGAGAUGUAAUUGCUUUGAAAAAAUUCAAGGACAGUCUAAAAAAUCCUCCCCGAGGUUGGAAUGGUGAUCCUUGUUUGCCUCGUCAGUAUACAUGGACUGGCAUUACUUGUUCGGAAGGCCCUCGGUUUCGUGUGCUUACCUUAAAUUUGACUGGCAUGGACCUUUCUGGAACUCUACCAUCUGGUAUUGGCGGUAUGACUGCCCUGAAUGGCAUCUGGCUCGGGAAUAACAGAUUAUCAGGACCCAUUCCUGAUCUCAGUUCUUUAAAGAGGCUAGACAUACUGCAUUUGGAGGAUAAUCAGUUUACUGGAGAAAUUCCUUCAUCUCUUGGGCUCAUUGAAAGCUUGCGUGAACUCUUCUUGCAAAACAACAAUCUGACUGGUCAAAUUCCAAGUAGCCUAAAUGGAAAACCUGGACUGGAUUUGAGGGUAUCUGGAAAUCAACUCUCGUCACCUCCACCUUCUUGAUAAGAUUAUGGAGUCAGAAGUACAGAAAAGGCUAUUUCGUUCAAGAAAAUUGAACCCAACAUACUAUUGCUCAUAGUAGUACAUAUUUUCUCAUAGUGUGAGCUAUAUACGUUUCACUUUUAACGGUCAGCUCUCCAAUCAGCGGAUCAACAAAGCUCUUUUGCUCAGCUUUCUUUUAGUUUUGACGAAAUUCCUUGUAUACUUGUAACAUGUCCAUUUUCUCUUUGUAAAAAAAAAAGGGGAGAGGAAUUUUCAUAGUUAUAUAGUUUAGUUAAUUGAUUGUCAGUCUUAUUCUUUUGUUUUCUUGGCUCUGUAUCACUAUAAUUGUUCAUACACAGUAACUCAGUUUUCAAAGUAAUGAUUUUCUUUCA